CUCGCGAUUCGGAACUUGAGCAGACGCAGUUUUAAAACAGUAAACAAUUAAAGUAUAUUAUGCAUCAAUCUGGACAUUCAGUUCGAUAUUUGAAGUACUAUAGGUGCUUAAAACUUUUGGUUAGAUAAAAUUGAUCGUGAAUAAAAGUUUUAAAAAAUCAAGUUACAGAAAUGGAUUGGUUCGGAAACAUUAAUAUUGCAAGGUUUAAUUAUUUUUCCAGAUGUGGACAGAGCAGGAUACAAAGGCCAAAGGGUAUGCUCUUCUUAGUACUUAUUUCAUUGCAGUGCCAUUAUUUUAAUUCUUGUGCUAUGAGUGAAUUCAAUUUUGGCUAUGAGACUGAAGAAUAUCUUUCUGCCAUAAUUAAUUUGACUUAUGUUGAUCCUGCUUCUGGUUUACUUGUGCAAGAACAUUUAGAAAUGGGAAAAUUAUUACCUGGAAAAACGGAAGAAGUUAGUGGAACUGUUAUUCACGUUACAAGUAACAACCAUACCAGCCAUGAAGCAUGUGAUAAAUUAGACACCGAUAACUUGCCAAAGGAGCCAUUCAUUGCUUUAAUCAAGCAUGGAAAUUGUCGUGAUCAAGUCAAGUUGAAACAUGUUGCUGAUGAAGAUGCGUCUGCUGCUGUGCUGUAUAGCGAUAGUCACAGUACAAGAUUCAUUAAAGUUGAACGUAAAGCGUACCGGAUAACAUUUGUAGUGAUAAACGAAAGGAAGGGAGAACAACUAGCAUCUUUAGUAGAUAAUGGUACCCGCAUUAUAAUGAGAAUCGGUGUUGGACCUCGUGGAAUUUUUAGAUUUGGACAAAUAAAUAGGACAUCUGUGUUAUUUGUUUCUUUAUCUUUCAUCGUUCUCAUGAUCAUAUCUUUUGCAUGGCUUAUCUUCUAUUACAUUCAAAGAUUUCGAUAUAUUCAUGCCAAGGAAAUGUUAUCGAGAAAGCUAUGCAGUGCAGCAAAAAAAGCUUUAGAUAAAAUUCCUGUAAAAACAGUCAAAACUGAUGAGUCUGAUCAAGAUGAAGAUUAUGAAUGUUGUGCAAUUUGUAUAGAAUCCUUUCAACAAGGAGAACUUAUAAGAUCUCUUCCUUGCAGGCAUUCUUUUCACAAAAUUUGUAUUGAUCCUUGGCUAUUAGAACACAGGUCUUGCCCAAUGUGUAAAUUAGACAUUCUCCUACAUUUUGGUUUGGUGUAUACUGGGAGUCAAGAAAGUGUUCUUGAAAUAGAUGAUGACGAUGAAUAUAGGACAACUCGUCUAAGUUUAACAGAACAUGAAAUUGUCUUAGUUCAAAAUCAGCAUCGUCGUUCCAGUGUGAGAGUUGCUGUCCCUAGAAGAGAAGACAGAGCUACUUCUCCUUGUAGUCUAUCUUCAUUAGAUCCAAAUGCUGUUGUUGGAGAGCAAUCAUUUGUUACGUCAACUGUUGAUGUAGCAGAUGUUGCUAUCAAUACAAUGGAUUCGCCUUCUGAAGCCGAUUAUGAAAGUAGUGAAGAAAGGUGGACAUCUCCCUUUCCCAAAACAUUAACUGAUAGAUUUAAAUCUAAAAGCCUUGAGUCCGUCACAUAUAAUCCAACUAUUAUAAAGACUGAAGAGGCAAAUUUUGAAGUCUGUGAUUUAAGUUUUGAAAAUUAAUUUUAAACAGUAAUUAUAUUUUUCUGUAUUCAAUAUUGAUAGUGUAUGUUAGAAGUAAUGUAUGCAAUUAUCUGCUUAUAGAAAUAUUAGAUAUUUACCUAAACCACCUUAUUUACUAAGUGAUUAUCCUAUUUAUAGAUGUGUGCACCAAAUGUAUUUGCUUUUAUUGUUUAUAAAUUUAGUAAUUAAAAUAUUUUAUCAUAUGUUUUACAAAAUUAAAAAGGGCCAGAUUAGUUGACAUGUAAAUUUUGAUUUAAUAUGUUUCAUUGAUAGAUUUAUUUAAUCAUAAGAAAAUACAGUUUUAUUUUAUUCUAUUAAAUGCAUCUUCCUAAAGAAGUUUUUUCACAUUGAUCUGCAGUUUUUGUUACUCUUAUGUAUAUUUAAAUUCUAUUGUUAUUGUUUAAAUUGAUGUUAAUCUAGUCAAAAUGUUAUUAAAAAAUAAAUCUAAUAUCAUCUGAUUAGUAAUUUUUCGUCAAUUUGCGCAGCUUUAAAGUUUCCUUUAUCAAACUAAAAUGUCAAAGUGUUUUUUUUUUCUUAAGCCUUGCUGCUUAAAAAUUAUUUGAUAAUUGGAACAUAACAUAUAUGAAGAAAAAGUAGCUUUUACUAUUU